CUUUGUUGCCGUAUCGCGUAUCGGAUACGUAUCCGAUACCGAUACGCGACGGAUACGCGACGGAUACGUAUCCUGGGCGUAUCCGCGGGAUGGGCCGUAUUGGGCCGGGAAACCUCAGAUUCGAUACGUAUCUCGGUGGAUACGGCCCAGUUUAAAGCCCAUCUAAAGGAGCCGGCCCGAUAGAAUUAACGGGCUGGACCAAAAAGCCCAUUUGUGAUGUAGCCCAUUGCAGCUGGAUGAACAAAUCUAGCUCUAUAAAUAAUGAUGCUCUAUACAAUAUAAGAUUCCACACAAUUGAGAAAGCCGCAGCUAGGUCAAAAACUCCCCGCCUCCAUAGAUUCGCAGUAUGGCAUCUCCAAAUCUGAGUGCUACUGCUGCUAGUUCUAGUGCUAGUUCUGCUGCUAGUUCUAGUGUUGGAUCUGGGUCCAGACAAAUAACUGAUAUCAGGGCUCCAUUGUGGGAUCAUGUCACCAUUCUAGAGAAGCCUAAACCUGGUGGAGGAAAUAUAUUAUGGAGAUGCAACUAUUGUCCAUUUUCAAAAAGCACUAGCUAUACAAGAGUUGAAGCUCAUUUGCUGCAAAAAUUAAGACAGGGGAUUAAGACAUGUCCAAAUGUUUCAUUUGAAAUGCUGAGUGACAUGAGGAGGGAAGUGGAAAAGUGUAAGGAGCUAUUGGAAAGAUCAAAGGCAUGCACUGUUUCUUUGCCUGUAGCUCCUUCAGACAACAGCAAGAGGACCAAGAGGGGGCCUGUUUCUCAAUUGGAAAAAUCAUGGGCAUUGCAAGACCGCAAGCACUUGGAUGCUUUAAUUGUUAGAGCAAUGUUUUCUGGAGGGAUUUCUUUCAACUUCAUGAUAUAUUGAUUGCUAGGUGGACAAAAGGCAAUAAUCCACUUCAUUGUUUGGCUCAUUCACUCAAUCCAAGAUUUUACAGCAACAUGUGGCUUCAAGAAGGUGCUGGCCGACUACCCCCCACAAGGACAAGGAAAUAUCACAAAUGAGGAUGACUUGCUUCAAGAAAUUCUUUCGCAUACCGCAAGAGUUGGCUGCAGUGAAGGAAGAAUAUGCAAGGUUUUCUAGUUGUUCAGAAGAAUUCAAUGACCCUGAUUCUAUACAUGAUAGAUGGGCUGUUUCCCCAAUGACAUGGUGGACAAAUCAUGGACAAUCUAUCCCUCUUUUGAUGAGUUUGGCCAUGAAACUGCUCAGCCAACCGGCCUCUUCUUCUUGCUGUGAAAGAAAUUGGAGCACAUAUAGCUUCAUCCAUAGUGUCAAGAGAAAUGCCUUAACUCCUGAGCGGGCUGAAGAUUUGGUCUUUGUGCACUCAAAUCUGAGACAUUUGUCAAGAAGAACUGAUGCAUACAAGAAAGGAGAGACAAGGAUGUGGGAUGUUGGGGGAGAUUCUUUUGAUUCCCUUAGUGGUGUUGGUCUUCUUGAAGUUGCUGACCUCUCCAUUGAUGAACCUGAGUUGCAGGCUGUAUCAUUUGGAUUGGGUGAUGCCGAGGAUGAAGGUGUGGAGCUGGAGGAGACGGGGAAUGAGGAAGAAGCUUGAUGUUGAUGGCUUGAUGCUAGUUUGCUACUACCUUUUAAUUAUUUCCUAAUUUAGAACCUGCUGCUAUCAUGUUAUUUUGAGUGUAAUAGACCUUUAAUGUCUCUAUGUUGAAUUAGAAUAUCUAUUUUGUAAUUUAUUUUGCACUAUUAUUAUUUAUUAAAAAAAAUAGUUAAAACGUA